ACACACUGGCAUUAGGGUCAACGCUGCGAUUUAAAGGACCGCGCAUAUUGACAACUUUUCCAAAUUGUGCGCACGACGCAUUUCAAAGUAAUGUUAUAGCCCAAUGUCUCGUGUUACUCACAUUCCAUUCUCCUUUUCACCUUUAAUUGUAGCUCCCCUCAGGUCUCGGGAGUGGCUUUGGGUGACCUCAGGGUGCGCCUGACACGCAGAGCUGCGCAAUGAUCGAGGCUAUGGCGCAUAGGUAGGAUCUGAGACAAUGGGUGUGUAGCGACGGGUGAGACAAAAACGACCAAAGAAGAACAUCUCCUGGACUGUUUUAUUUGGUUUUAAAUAGAAUAGGAUGUCUAAGCGAGUCAGACCCGGCUACUACCGCCAGGAAGUUAACAAGACCACAUGGGAAGUACCGGAGCGGUACCGGGAGCUGAAGCAGGUGGGGACCGGGGCGUACGGGACGGUGUGCUCAGCAGUGGACUCCAGAACGGGAACCAAAGUGGCAAUCAAGAAGCUGUACAGACCUUUCCAGUCGGAGCUCUUCGCCAAGCGGGCCUACAGGGAGCUGAGGCUUCUCAAACACAUGAAACAUGAAAAUGUGAUUGGCCUUUACGAUGUGUUUACUGCUGACCUCUCCCUGGACCGAUUCCAUGACUUUUAUCUGGUGAUGCCGUUCAUGGGGACAGAUCUGGGGAAGCUGAUGAAGAUGCAGAGGCUGUCAGAGGAGAAGAUUCAGUAUUUGGUUUAUCAGAUGCUCAAGGGGCUUAAGUAUAUUCAUUCCGCUGGUAUAAUCCACAGGGAUCUCAAACCAGGAAAUCUCGCCAUCAACCAAGACUGUGAGCUCAAGAUCCUGGACUUCGGCUUGGCGCGGCAGGCAGACAGCGAGAUGACGGGGUACGUGGUGACUCGCUGGUACCGAGCCCCAGAGGUGAUCCUGAGCUGGAUGCACUACACUCAGACGGUGGACAUUUGGUCUGUGGGCUGCAUCAUGGCGGAGAUGCUGCAAGGAAAACCUCUUUUUAAAGGCAGAGACCACCUCGAUCAGCUGACUGAGAUCAUGAAGCUGACAGGAACACCAACUCAGGAAUUUGUAUCAAAACUCCAAUCUGAGGAUGCCAAAGGCUACAUCAAAAGCCUUCCAAAAGUGGAAAAGAAAGACCUUCAGAAGGUGUUUUCCACAACUAAUCCACAAGCCGUGUCUGUGCUCGAGCGCAUGUUACUGCUGGAUCCGGAGUGCAGAGUAACCGCUGCAGAUGCUCUCAUGCUGCCUUACUUCACGGAGUUCAGAGACCCAGAGGAGGAGACGGAAGCGCAGCCGUACGACCACUCGCUAGACAACACAGACCAGACCCUGGACCAGUGGAAACGUCACACCUUCACAGAGAUCUUGACCUUUAAACCAGUCGUGCCAGAUUCCAAAGAGACCGCACUGUAGGAGACAAAGAAUCAGCCGUGCAGCGUUGGACCAGAACAACACUUACAUCUUUUUUUUUUAAUCUUGAUCUCAACUGGGAGAACUCUUCGAUCGCAAGGCUUAAUGACCUGUGAAUCCAGUUCCCGAUUCUCUUAAACAUGCAAGCUGCCAUGUUUUGGAUUCCUAGUAGCUUGCUUCCUGACGUUAGGAUCAGACCUUUUCAGCAUGUCCUACAGUGCUGAGGAUGCUAGCUCAGCUGCUGUAAGUCGGGUAAUAAUAUUCUUUGAUAUCAAGUAAUCAUGGGUGGCUUUUCUUGAGUUACUUAGUCCAAUUUCAGUUUCACUUCAGUGGUACACAUAAGUUGUAGAAUUUCUUUUUUUUUUUUUUUUUUACCAAAUACAGCACUACCUGUCGGCUGAUUUAAAGUUUAAAUCAACACAUUUUACUUCAGAGAAAACAAUUAUUUAGUCAAAUUAAUUCU